AUGUUCUUAUGGUCACAUAACUGUAUUCUGAGAUCAUGUUCUUGUAAUCAUGUGUUAAAAUUGGCGAGAUGCUUACAGCACACACCUCUCUACAGUGAUUCUCCACAGAAAAAGGGAUUGUUCGGGGUUGAGCUAUUGAAAGAUCCAAACGGUUUCAAGCAAAUGAACAAAAUGGUUAGGCGUCGUUCAAUGGAACUCGUCAAGAAGAUUGUGAAUCGUCAAGAAGAAAGGAAAACGGUUGAAUUGUUCGACGAUCUAUCGAAUGAAAUUUGUUGCUCGGCCGAUUUGACAGAAUGCGUACGAUCGUUACACUCGAAUAAGGAGUUCGUUGACGCAGCUGAAUCGAGUAUGCGUGAUUUUACAGAACUUGUUGAAAGUUUGAAUACGAAUACAGAAUUGUAUAGUGCGUUGAAAAAUUCGCUUGAAACUGAGAAAGAUAAACUAACGGAAGUGGAUCGUCGAACGUUGCAGUUGUUUUUGGCUGAUUUCGAACAAUCUGGGAUUGAUCUGCCUGAUAAGAAGAGAGAAGAGUUUGUUGCGUUGAGCAGUGAGAUCUUCGAUGCGGGUUCCAAAUUCUGCAUGGGCGCCGAACGUCCAGUAAAGGUGUCCAUCAUGGAACGUAAACAAUACGGAGUGGACAGAUACUUGCCGAAUCCUUAUCGCUACCUCGUGAAUCCGUUGGCCAUUUCGAUGACACGACGAACACGGCAAUGGGCACAUAAUACUUACUUCAGGCAUAACGACGAGCAGAACGUUAUUUGUUUUCUUUUCCAGGAAGAGAGUUUGGUUCGUUUGAUAACGUGUCGACAUCGUUUGGCACGCUUAACUGGCUUCGAAACGUAUGCUCAUCGUGCACAACAAUUCUCAUUAUUGGGUAACUAUGAUAACGCUCAUGAUUUUCUUACGAAUAUUAUUAAGUCAUGCCGUCCAGCAGCUGAACGGGAAUUAGCCGUAUUGUUGGAUGUGCUGGUGCAGUGUGAAUGCGACUUAAAGACCGAACAUGUUGGUGAAUGGGAUUUGCAGUAUCUUUGCACGAUAUAUCGACGUAAAGCGUAUGGCGAUACGCAUUUGCUCUCGAAGUUGGUUGAUUCGCGUUUUCGUUUCUCAGCUGAGACAAAAUUUAUAUUGUUCCAAUCAAUAUGGAAUGAAGUUCAUGAUAGCAACGAUGCACUGAUGGGAUGCAUUUAUUUGGACAUUGAGCAAAGACAAUCGAAAGGUGUUGGCGAUUGCCAUUUCACGGUUCGAUGUUCAAAACAGUUAAGUGACGGUAAUUAUCAAACACCAAUCGUUGUAUUAUCGCUGUCAAUGACAAGCGAUGAAUCGAAGUCAUUGGAUGAAAUACAUUUGACAUCGCAUCAAGCCGAGAACUUCUUUCACGAAAUGGGACAUGCCAUGCAUUCGAUGCUUGGUAGAACACAAUAUCAGCAUGUGGCGGGCAAGUUCACAUCUUUAAGAACAAGAUGUCCAACGGAUAUGGCUGAGAUUCCAUCGAACUUAAUGGAGUACUUCUUCAAUGAUUUGGGCGUUUUAAGAGAAAUAGCAAAGGAUGAGAAUGGCAACGCGAUGAGUAUGGAUGACGCUGCGUCGCUGAUCACAUCGCGAUUUGCAUUUAGUUCACUUGAUUUGUUACAACAGGCUGUGUACUCGUUAUUCGAUUUGGAACUGCAUGGACAUAAUGUUGAUGGUAUAAUAAAGGGACGUUACACGACCACAGAUCUUUUCGCAUCAAUUUGGUCAACAGUAUUCCCGAACGUCGAACGAAAUCCUUUAUCGGCAUGGCAUCACAGAUUCACUCAUUUGGUACCGUAUGGAGCAAAGUAUUAUUCGUAUCUGGUGGCUCGUGCAGCAGCAUCGUUAAUAUGGAAUAGUCGCUUCCGGGAUGAACCUUUUUCGAAAGAGAACGGACGACUUUGGGCCAAGGUGCAAUCCUAUGGAGGUGCAUUACCGUCAGCUGAUUUACUGCACAUAGCUCUGGGCUAUUGGCCGACGAGUAAGAAUCUGGCAGAUGCGAUCCGAAAUGAAGCAAACGAUACAUGCCAAUUGAGUGCCAUUAAUAUUUAG